UGAUCAUUCACACUACAGUAAAGCGUUCCUCACGCUGAAACAACGCCGACAACGCCGUAUAGCGCUGGAAAUUGGCAUUUUUCUUGUUACCGUUUUUCCCUUUAAAAAUAUUAAAAGUUUUUAAUUCAAUUUCAUUACUAGUUUUUGUUCAUUUGGCAAAAUUUAAGAACAAGACAGCUAGUCCAAACCAGGUCGCGUUUAGGAAAUUAUUAUUUUUUUUUGUUAUCCUAUUGGAAAAUUAAUAUUUGUUUUUAAAGAAAAUUCAACAUGAAAUUCUUCUCUCCUACAACGAUCAGUACUUCGAAUCUUAUGACCCGGUUUCUGCCUUUCUGCCAUUCAACUUUGCGGUUCAGUACAUCCAGUUUUAACCCAUCAUAUGUUGGUAAACAAUCAAUUGUACUCCCUAAGGAUGUGCAAAUCCAGCUAAGAAAGCAAGUACUAGAGGUUUCCGGACCCAAUGGUCAAUUGCAGCAAAACUUUCCCAAAUAUCUCCGUUUAAAGCAAGAAAAUGACUCUAUUAGAAUUGAAAUUGCUUCCAAAUCUAAGGAUGAGUUAUCAAAAAAGCAGUUGGCUAUGUGGGGAACAACCCGUGCUUUGCUUGGAAACAAUGUGAAAGGUGUAACUGAGCCCUGGCAAUCUCUAGUAAAGCUUGUCGGUGUUGGUUAUCGAGCUUCUAUUGAAGGAAAUAAUAUACUCUUGAAGGUAGGAUAUGCAAAUGCUGUCUCAGUUCAAAUACCACCAGAAGUUCAAGUCGAAAAUCCUUCUCCCACUAGUUUGGUAUUAAGCGGCAUCGAUAAACAAAAAGUAACGCAACUUGCCGCUAAAAUUCGAUCUUUCAAGAAACCCGAACCAUACAAAGGAAAGGGUAUUUAUGUUGAUGGUGAGAGUAUCCAACUCAAGAAUAAACGAAACAUUUCAUAAGCAUGAGCUGCAGAGUUAUUUUUACGGGAAAUCUUUUAUCUACUUUACAUCACCAAAAAAAAUUUAGAUUAAAAUCGUCGUCUUGAAAGUGCCCGUGCUUUAUUUUACGUUUCGUAAUUUCCGUCACCUUCAUUUUACUUAUGUCUCAAGCUUUUUCCCCUUUCAAUAUUCAUUUUUACUUUUUUAUUUACAUU